GUUCGGCGUUGGUUUCUGCUUUACGGUAGUUUAUGCCGCCCUUUUAACCAAAACCAAUCGUAUAGCUCGCAUAUUUAAAGCAGGCAAACAAUCAGCUAAAAGACCGUCAUUUAUAAGCCCUAAGUCGCAACUGGUCAUCUGUUCUGGCUUAAUAUUUAUACAGAUUCUAAUCAACGGAGUAUGGAUGGUUAUAGCACCUUCGCAUGCCAUGUACCAUCAUCCCACGCGGGAAGAUAAUCUUUUGGUUUGCGAUUCUUAUAUAGAUGCUUCAUACAUGAUAGCAUUUUUUUAUCCCAUUGUUUUGAUUGUUAUCUGUACGGUAUAUGCUGUGUUAACGCGCAAAAUACCGGAAGCUUUCAAUGAAUCGAAGCAUAUAGGUUUUACUAUGUAUACUACUUGCGUAAUAUGGUUGGCAUUCGUCCCUUUAUACUUUG